ACGGACAAGAGAAAAAACAGCAACAUACCUUCGAAUAUCGCGUCUGUGUAGUCUAAAUAUCUUUCUGUUUUGCUGCUCUGGGGUGUGUAUAGUUGACCACGCUGCUAGGCACGUGCGCUGGACUUGGGUCACAUGACAACAACCUUGACCGAGGAGAGAAAGAUCAAGGUGGAUCAGUUUACUACGUGGCCUGGACCUCUCUACUCCCUGCACGCUCGACUCCAUGCAAUUCAGCAGUGACCCAGUGCACUGAAAGAGCCAAGGGUCAGAGGCGAGACAUGGGAGCUGGGAAAUCGAGACAAGUACCGUUCUCCUACGAGGAGGCCUGCCGGAGAAUUGAUCCCCCAGUCCUGGCUCGUAUUGAGGAGACGUUCAGGCGAUCGUUCGCGACAACGGGGUACCUCCCACAGAGCACCUUUUCCAGGGACAUUCUGGGUGACAUCGUUCCUUCCAAAUUAGCUGAGGAGCUGUAUCGUGGGUUCGGAGGGACUCAAAAGGGACUGUCCCUGAAAGACCUGGUGUGUGGACUGGCGUUGCUGGCCCACGGCUCCGUGGACGAAAAGGCAAAAUUUCUGGCUCUGCUGCUGUCAGUUGAUGGGUACUCGGUGGAGAGAGAGGCAGUCGACAAGAUGGUGGCCGCCUGCGACGCGGGAGGCUACACACCCGUCGACCUGGACACUCUGUUCACCAGGGAUCCACUCUGCACCGUCAGAGAGUUUGAGGAGUGGGUCAAACGGCACUCAAACCUCUCCUCUUUCACAAAGUGGCUUCUGGUACCGGGAGAGAGUGGCUUCUCUCUAGUGGGGGAACCUGACCCUCCUUCCUUCUACCAGACUCUGGGGCAGCUUCACGGAGUCUCAGAGAAGGAGGUGAUGGACCUGGAGCGAACCUACUGGAGUCUCAAGUCUGGCAUCACCACAGGCGGCGGCUCAAGAUUUGAUCUGGAGACCUUUGUCUUCUACGCCAGUCCUCCUGUCCCCGAACCUCUCUGUAGAGGUUUGUUUGAAGCAUUUGAUGAGAACUGCGACGGGCAGCUGGACCUGGCAGAGAUGGUGAGGGCUGUUGGCUGGUCCUGCCGCAGCUCCCCCCGAGAGAAACAUAACUUAUGUUUCAAGAUAUUUGACGAGGACAGAGAUGGAGUCUUGUCGCGGGAGGAGCUGACUGGAGCCAUCACUCACCUCCAGACUAUAGUCAGAGAGAACUCUGAGGAAACUCCCGAGGAUAUUGAGGACAUAGUCAGUUCCUUUGGUACCGUUCUUUUUUACAAAAGUAGGACUCAACGGUCAACUCUGCUAUGGAGAAAUUUGCACUAACCAAGGAGGGUUGUUUGAACGAAGAGGAGUACUUCAAGUGGGCGGAGUCGACCACACCCCUCUCGUUGAGUCUGCUCCAUCUCCUGUACCAAGUCUGCCACGUGCGGUUUGGGCUCAGGCCACGCACCAAGGCCGAUGAAACCAUGGUCAUUGGGGGGUAUAUGCUGAGGUUCCACAAGACAGGUCUGAGGCCAGGCGACACGGUGUACAUCAUUGAUGGAGAGUGGUUCAAACAGUGGAGGAAAGUCACCGGAUAUGAGGGGGACCCUUGUUCUAACGAUGCGGCCUCGUCUGGCAAGAAGAAGAAGAAAAAGAAAGACAAACACAGACAUAAGAAACACCGAGCUCCUUCGCCCCAGGUGAUACUAGAGGCAGGCAAGGCUCACGCUUCAACUCAGACUCCACCCACCGGUACGGGCGGAGUCGGGAUGGGAGGGGAGGCGGGGCUAGUGGAGAGGGGGGAAGAUGUGGUGGAACUGCUGACGGUGGCAGAAGGAGGAGGAGGAGGGAGACAGAUGACGCCAAACUCGUCCUUCUCCUCCCUGAACUGGGGGGACAGCCCGAGUCAGGCGAGCUCGGGCGUGGUUGCCGGCAGGGAGGGGGCGGGGCCUGUGGAGAACAGCAUUCCUCUCAUUGAUAACUCCGGUCUGUUGGUUCAUGACUCCACCAACAAGAAGGUCACCUCUCUUACCAAUGAAGGGGGGUUUCUGAAGAAGGAGCUGGUGGAGGGAGAGACGUUCUUCUUCCUCCCGGUCGUGGUGUGGAAGGUGUUUACCUCCUGGUACGGCACAGCUGGACUCCAGGGAGGACCCGCCCUCCCACGACUGGUGAGAGCAGACGGUUCCAUUGACUUCCACCCAGUCCAGUUCAAGGUGUACCGACACACGACCCUCCCCCCUGCCGGCAAGCAGUCCUCCCUCCCCUGGCCCCUCCCCUCCUUCUUCGGAACCCUCGGAAUCAGCUCCAGCAAGCCGGCGACUCCGCCCAUCGUUAGCUCGGCAGGGGUGGGGCCGGGCGGGGCAGACGGCGGGCCAAUCCAGCCUCCACUCCCUCGCCGUGUUCUCUACUACUAUGCCGCCUUCACUGGUGCCACUGCUGUUGCUGAGAUGAGUGAGUACAUUGAGAAGGUGCUACACGUGAAGUCAGAAGACCUCAGACUCUAUGACCUGACGGACGAG